CCCAGAAUUACGAUAUCAAUGCCUUCAAGAUGCCUCCGACUUUCCGACCUAAAGAUCACUAUAACGUCAUGACUUUACCUUGUUUUUCCUGAGAUCCCAGUUUUCAUGAAAGCGCCACAAGCUGUACUCGGAAGUGACGCCCGCUGCUGGAUCAUUUUAGUGUGCAGUGAGCCAAGCAUAAAAAAGUGUCAACUCAACCAGACAGUGAGAACCAAAAUACAAUACCCAAAAGUAAGGAGUCGAGCCAAAGAACAGCAGUCGGAAACUGAGAAUUACAACUGUGAGUAUCAUUGAAAACUAGAGUAUCUGAAAGGAGUGCAUUAUGAACCCAGUGUACAACCCUGCACCAACAGGGGUCCCCUAUGUCAACCCUAAGGGACAUUUAGUAGGAUACCCAGCUGGAUUUCCUGGGGGGUACUCGGCUGGCCCUGCUUACACUCCCAACAUGUACCACCCUGGAGCCAACCACCCAGCCUUCCCCACAGGUUACGCUCCGGGCACUCCUUUUAAAAUGACCUGCUCGCCCACCACGGGGGCUGUCCCACCCUACUCCUCAUCACCCAACCUCUAUCCUGCAGCAGUCUUCCCUGUGAGGAGCACCUACCCCCAACAGAACCCCUACACACAGCAGCAAGGCACUUACUACACACAGCCUCUGUACGCAGCCCCACCCCAUGUCAUUCAUCACACUACAGUGGUCCAGUCCAAUGGGAUGCCAGCAGCCAUGUAUGCCCCGCCCAUGCAUCACCAGUCCCGCCCCCACAACGGCGUAGCCAUGGGGAUGAUAGCAGGGACCACUAUGGCCAUGUCAGCCGGAACUUUGUUGACGCACUCCCCGACCCCCCACCAAGUUACAAUGCCCACAUACCGACACCCAGGCGUGCCCACCUACAGCUAUGUUCCCCCCCAGUGGUAAAGUGAUGGCACUGUCAGAAGGUCGUAGAUAUGCAUUCACACUCCAGUUGGUGAUGACGCUCUCCGGUGUCUCGUGUCAGCUGUUCUUCCUUCCUUUCCAAGCAUACUGUGAAUCUGAAGCCCAACUACAAAACAGCACCAGGUGUGUUCAGAACAGGAUGAAGGGAAUAUUCCUACUGCUGACUAUUCCUGUUUUGAAUGAUGCUGUCCAAGAAUCCUUCACUCACUCUGCUGCAUAUCUUGUGUCUGACGGCUAAGUUGUGUUUUGUGUACCGCCUUGCGAUUUUUAUAGCUAACUCUAUUAAGUGGUGCAAAGGGAGUUUGAAUUUGUUUUGCUGUUGGGAUCCAUAUUGAGUUGAAUGCGUGUGUAUAUACACUGAGUGUAUGAACAUCAGGAACACCUUCCUAAUAUUGAGUUGCACCCCCCCCUUUGCCCUCAGAACAGUUUUAAUUCAUUGGGGCCUUGACUCUACAAGGUGUCAAAAUCAUUCCACAGGGAGGCUGGCCCAUGUUGACUCCCCAUGCUUCCCACAGUUGUGUCAAGUUGGCUGGAUGUCCUUUGGGUAGUGGACCAUACUUGAUACACGAUGAAACCAAUGAGCGUGAAACACCCAGUAGUGUUGCAGUUGUUGACACAAACCGGUGCGCCUGGCACCUACCAUACCCUGUUCAAAGACACUUAAGUCUUUUGCCUUGCCCUUUCACCCUCUGAUUGGCACACGUACACAGUCCAUGUCUCACGGCUUGAAAAUCCUUCGAUAAGGGAUCAUAGCUUUCACCUGGAUUCACCUGGUCAGUCUCAUGGAAACAGCAGGUGUUCUUAAUGUUCUGUACCCUCAGUGUAAAAGAAGAAACAACACUAGCUCAAUCUACCUUCCGUGACUAAUGCCAAAUCAUCAAAAAGAAACAUUCUAAUGAACUACAAAAGAAAGAAAAAAACUGCCAUUUUGAAUCACUGAUGCCAUUUCUUAAUGUGAAACAUUAAAAGAAAGGAACAAGUUGAUUUCACACAAACAGGUAACUUGAGUUUAACACACAACGCUGUGCAGAACAAUUGUUUUCGUUGCUUGUUUUUGGUAAUGUUGCUAGGAUGCAUUUAUUUCUCUGGGGGAUUGCUGUGUUAACAUUUGUCUGUUGGCCAUUUUUGUAUUAUGGGAAAAUUGGCCUUUUUGAGUUUUAAGCCUCUGUCUCAGAUGUCUGAUAUCCAACACGUAAACAUUAUUCACGCUCUUUGCCCAUGGAAGAUGUGACACAGACUUGAGUCCUAAAGGUCUUAGAUAUGCCAAUGGUCCAAGAGAAAGGAAACGAUGAGACCCUGAACAGUGCUUUACUUCACCGGACCUGAGUACAGGCACCUCCAAUGUUUUACUACUUGAGCUCCUGUUCCCAUUAGCUAAAAAGUAUCUGGCACCCAAAAUGAGUACAGGCACCAAUUUCAGUUCAACUCAAGUACUGGCCUUAAAGGAAGCUAGCAGGAUGACACAGACCUGUCAUGACAGUUCAUCUAUUUCUGGUCACAAAGGAAAGGAUUUGAGGAAAGGAAGCAAUUUACAACUAUUCGGACUCCAUCCUACAGUGAGUGAUGGAGCGAGAGCAGUUGUAUGCAUGUGAGCGUGUUUGUGUUUAAUUCUAUUAGCUGAAAGCGGAUUGAAAUACAAAAGCCAUUGUGCAUACAGACGUAAUGUAUGUAUCACACCUGAACAUUUCUACAGAUUCCUUUCUGUUAUUGGUUUGGGUUUAACCACACCAAGAGCUACAGACUUUAACAGGUUUUAAACUUUUAUCUUGGAUUUAUUUGAAUGGAUUAAAUAGAUUAGAAUUUGCUUAGCACUAUUGGAAGAAAAUACACAUUUGAGAUGCUCUGUUUUAAGGAAGCCAGAACUUGACAUUGUUUGCUAGUCACCUCAAGGCCCCACCAGAACUUACCAAUAUAUCAUUGUCUUUGAUUUGCUCGUCUAUAGUGCCUUUACAAGAUGUCACCUCAGUUACUGAAUCUGUUUUGUAAUGUUUUAUGUGUUUUUAUUUGUUUUUAUUUUCAAGAAAGACCAAAAAAUACAAUUAUGAGAAUUGUCAA